AUGACUGACUUGGAAGCCUUGAGGCAAAUCCCUCUGCCCAGUCUUCAAAGUCAGCACCCGCCGAAGAGCGUGUCCUUGUCUAAGCUUCAGACAUUGAACAUAACUGACAACGCGCGCCGCGCACUGGCCAUAGUAAACGGCCUCGAGCUCCCCGCGUCGACGAUAACUUUGAUCAGCCUAGAUUGUAAUGCGAUGAAGUCCGCCUCGCAAGUGAACAAUCUCCUCACUCAAGUGGACCAUAUCAUUGGCAGCCACCUGGCAUCAGCGUGUUCCAGUCCAGGAUCCGGGUUUGAGACACUCAUUCUCUCGAGUGCGCCCGACUACAGGGGUGUGAAGACGGAGCAUCACGGAUUUCAGAUCGCACUCGAACAUGCUCUGGACUCCAGCGGUCCUAAGACUUGGAGGUUUGCGCUGUACAACCUUCGUGAACCCACCCUGAAGGACGCUUCACCUCUGCGCCACGUACUUAUGUGGCCCAACUUCUGCUCCGUCAAGAGGGUGGCCAUAUGGCAUGCAUCAUUCCAAUGGGCCGAAGACAGUAUCACCUGGCAGUCUGUCAUGGACACAUUGCCCGGAGUGGAGAUAAUCGAACCUGAGGCGCGUGUUGCCCAGGGCUUCGCACAUGCCCUCAAGCUGCACUCCGCGCUACUACCUCAGCUGAAGAAGAUUAUCAUCCGAAGAUCUCUACUUGCUGCAGCCGACGUCGAUGCGCUGUCGAAAGGCCUUCAAGCGCGAGCGACCGCAGUAUCAUUGUCGAUCUUCCGAUGCGACGUGGAGAAAGACGGCGCCGAGAGAUUGAAGCAUAUUGUCACGGAGAGUGGAGCUACGUUCUAUUGGGACAAACGUGAAAACGCCGUGUCUGCGAUUCGCUCUGUGUGGUCGUUUGGGGAUUAA